CCUAUACAACUUUUGGAUGUAGUCUGCCAUAAAACCCACAGACGAAGAAGAAGAAGAAGAAGAUUAUUAUUCUUGAGUGGCACGCACAAUCGAGUGGUGGGGUCCGAAAGAGGGGAUCGUUUGAAGGGAAACCAAGGUUGAUGUUCGUGGUGGGAAUAGCGGGAUCUUGGACAGCUGCUGGUUGCAGGCAUCGAGUGGCGUAACAGAAGCAGUGUGCCAUCCCCCUGUCCUCCUACCCAUGUCUGUCCUCCCAGCCUGUUAGUGUCCCCUCAUUGUCUGCCUUGUCCAGCCUAAAGACCUCCUCUCCCUCAUGCUUUGGACAAAGCCAGCACACUGCCAGCCCAAUGACUGCCUGGAUCGUCUUGCCUGUCAGCCUCUCUGCCUUCUCCAUCACAGGAAUAUGGAUAGUCUACGCCAUGGCUGUGAUGAACCAUCACGUUUGUCCUGUGGAGAACUGGUCCUACAAUGUGACAUGUACAGAGGAGAUGCCCAGGCCAGGCUUCCCCAAGACGUGCUGCACCAUGCAGGACAUCCCCCUCAUCAGUAAGUGUGGCUCCUUCCCCCCUGAGAGCUGUCUGUUCAGUCUGAUCGGGAACGUUGGAGCCUUCAUGGUGGUGAUGGUGUGCCUUCUGCGCUAUGCCCAGGUGAUUGAGCACAGCCACGGUUGCUGGAUUAACACCAACGCUUUGUUGUCUGGCUGCACCAACGCUGUAGGACUGGUCAUGGUGGGAAACUUCCAGGUUGACCAUGCCAAGUCUCUCCACUACGUUGGUGCGGGCGUGGCGUUCCCUGCGGGUGUGCUCUUCGUGUGCCUGCAGUGUGUUCUCACCUACCGGAUGGCCAUCACCGCCCUCGACUACUGGAUGGCACACGUCCGCGUGGCGCUGGCCGCAGGAGCCCUGGUCUCACUUGUCCUUAGUGGUAUCUUCUUCAUCCACGAGAGCUUUGUUCUCCAGCACGCGGCAGCCAUCUGCGAGUGGGUCUUCACCGUGGACAUCCUUGUCUUCUACGGUACCUUCACCUACGAGUUUGGCACAGUCACCAACGACACCAUGAUGGUCGGCCUGCAGCAGACCUACCACCACUCAGGGGUCAUGAUGGGCGGCGCGGCCAGGGCUGGGGUCAUGUCGCUGGGCAUGGGAGCCAAGGGCCUAAAGUCUCCUGGAGGAAGCAGCACAUCCACCCAUCUCAACUGCACCCCAGAGAGCCUAGCCAUGUUGUAGUCUGCGGGGGUCACAGGCGAUCACUACACUGCACUGCUGCAGAGGGGAACCACCACACAGGCAGCAGAGGUCAGGGGUCAAUGAAAGCACUGGCCAGCCAGAGGGAGGAGACAAGACAUUGAAAAUCACAAGAUAUGAUUGACACACCGGGUCGGUAUUGGGUUUUUGUGUUUUAAUAAGCCGUCCGCUUCUCCACAUCAGCAGAAAGGAUCACUUACACAAAUAAUACAUAUCUGGGAUGGUGAGGGGCUGUGAAUGUUUCCAAGAUGGCUGCUGGCACACUGGCCUCUCUGCACAUUGACAUGAUGAUACCUUAUUUCUUUCUUAAAGAUCAGUGUUGUUCGACCGGUCACUGAGGCUUUUGCCAUGUCGGGAUGGCAGACACAAAAUGUUUAUUUUAUAUGCCAACAGUUGUUGUUUUUUUGCCACAUUUUACAGACUUCCUCUACCUGGCCAUGGUUUGUGGUGUGGCCCAGUCGGCCUGGUCUCUCAUGCCAUUCAACUCUGCACGCUACAAUUUGAAUGAGAGAGUAGAGUGCGUCGUUGGAUUGAUCAGACUUGGUUUGAGUUUUUUCUUUUGCGUAUACUCUGCCAAUGUUAAAGCAUCGUAAUAGAAAAUAUUGAAUGUUUGAGAAGUGGAACUAUAGAUAGUAUACCGUUAUGUACAUGAGAAGUCAGCCUGGCCUCAGAGCAAUACGAAAUAUACUUUACGUAUUUCUGAGCACCUCCAAGACGUAUGAUACCUACUAAUGGUCUAGUUACUUGAGACAGAAACUAAAGUAGGGAGGAUGGGUGGGCGUAAUCCGCGACAGUCUAGCAAUCCAAAGGUUGCAUGUUCGAGACGCGUCAGGGACAACUGUAGCAUUUUAGCUAACCCUUAUUGUAAACGUAACCCAAUUCACCUAACCUGCUAUGUAAAUCCACCCAACUUAUGUCAUUAGUUCCCCUAACUGCCAACGUUAAUUCUCUGUUAUGGUGCAACAAGCAAACUGGUCUCCGAUAAAGAUGUAUGAUACGUCAUGUCUUCCAAUUCGUAUGCUAUUGCAUGACCGGGUAAGACGUAUGAUAUUAUAUGUCCUCUAAUUCAUAUCAUAUUGUACGACUGCUAUUCCAUUCAUAAUGUAGCUUAACAUAAUUGUUGUCACAGAUUUAUGUACAGAAUAAUACGAAUAGCCCUGAGACCAAAUUGGACAGGUUGUAGGCACAUGCCUUUUUAUUGAUCAAUCAAGUAUAAAUGAACUGUAGAAGGAUUUGUGAAACAAGAACAUUUACACAUUUUGUGCCCAAGACCUCUAAUAGCUGCCUCAAAAGGGCAAGCGAUAUGAAUGAAUUGAUUUCUUAUUGUUUAAAAUGAUAUCACUAUGUUUAGUAAUUAUAUUAGUUAUUCCUUAGAUGGCAUUUUACAGAUGUACUGUUUUCAAUAUUUGUUUGGUGCAGUAAUGGCCAUUUGAUCCGCCAAAGUGAAGUGCCCCGGAGUAGUGGAGUUCUCCAUUUAGCGAGGUGUUUGAGACCUUGCUUUGAAUAGUUAACACAUUGCUCUUUGUUUCUGAUCUGGAGUUUUAGCUAUAGUACAACAUAUACGAUAGGCUACAAUCACAGGAGGUUGGUGGCACCUUAAUUGGGGAGGAUGGGCUCGUGGUAAUGACUGGAGUAGAAUAGUAUCAAA